AUUAAAUAACUCGUUCAUGCGGAAAUAGAUUUGGCAUAAGAGAACAUGCUAGUGUGUUUUAAAUGUUAUUUCCAAUCAAAAGCUGGAAAAAUGCGGUCCCAACUAAUGUUGUGUGCUUUAGUCGGAUUUUUUCUAAUAUUAAAAGUAAACGUUAAUGAUGCAAUCACCUUUCGGUUAACGAACUUCGUUUGUGAGAGCUACAACAAGUCUUAUGCAGUGUUCAACACCUGUCGCCUGAAGGCGGUCAAUAGAAAAAAAGUUCUCCUCAAUAUGAAUGUAACUUUAUUGUACCCAACCAACAACAUUGGCAUUCAUUGCAGGCUGUUCAAAAAGGCAAACGGCUAUAGACCUUGGACAGUGGACAGAAAGUUGGAUCUCUGUCGCUAUAUGCGAACCAGAUAUGAUCCAUAUUUUAAAAUAGUCUACGGUCUUUUUCAGGAUUUUUCCAACAUAAAUCAUACAUGUCCGUAUGUGGGACAUCAAAUUUUAAAGGACCUUUAUCUGAGACCUGAACUCCUGGGUCUUCUCCUGCCAACGGGCGAUUACCUGCUGUCUUUGCAGUGGAUGUUUGACAAAAAUGCUGUGGAUACAAAUGUGAGUUUUUCCUUCGUAGAGGACCUCCUGCUAAGCAAAUAAAACAUACGAGUAUCUAUGUAUGUCCCAGUUUUUCAACCUUUUCAAAUGUAUGUUUGUAUUUUUAUUAAAAUAAUUAUAAUUCGAUCUACUGAAAUGCAAAUA